AUGGCUCCCCCACGUCCACCAAGAUCCCUCCAUAGGAUCUUACCUCCCAAUCCGCCAGGGGUCGGAACACCUCCUUCAAGUCUGGACAUUGUGAUCGUACCUGCUCCUGGGAUAGUGACCAAGGAGUGGGCCCAUGGCUCUGCAGAUAUAUCUAGCACCUGGCUUCAAAGUCUCGUUAAUGACUUCGCUCAAGACUUCACCCCAGGGGCAACUAUCUUUGAGCAUCAUUAUGAUGACGGUACCGAAUCCUCCCUCGCGGAGCAUCUUACUCGAGAAGGGACUGAAUUCUUGAGGUCACUCCGGAUUCACUGUGUAGAGACUGAGAUGGGACUGAACAAGCGCCCUUUGGUUCUCAUAUGCCAUGGGACUGGAGGGCUUGUGGUAAAGCGGGCGCUCAACAUUUGUUGCUCCGAACAGCCACAUGAGUACCGUCCUGUUAUUGACGUUCUCUCAGGUGCUGUGUUUCUUGGGGUUCCUCACAUAAUCAAAGAUCGUGAAGCGGCCAAGAAAACAAUAGACCUUCUAUUGAAAUGUAAAGAGAUGGGCUCGACGAGGCAACAUGCUGACGACGCUGGUGCUAAGUAUUUGACUCAAAUAUGCGAAGGCUUUGAGCGUAUCGGUCUCAAGAUACCGGUUAUCUCCGCAUAUGAGACCAAGAGUACGGCACCACCUAGAAGCUUCUUCCGCAGAAUCUUCAGCAAGGUUUCCAACCAAGUAAUUGUGCCCAGAACAUGGGGGACACUCAGGUUGAGGUCUGCGAAAGAGGUCGAAAUAGAUAGCAGAUCAAAUCACACGGAUGUGUGUAAAGUUCGCGCCGGGAGUGAUCUUUACAAAGAGUGCCUCACACUUCUGCGAGAGAUCAUGCGAGAGGCUCCCGAAAGAAUUGCAAAGGAAACAAAGCCAACCGAUGCGCCCGCGUUGAGGGCCGAAACACUUCGCAGUGGAGGUGUUCAAGAUGAAAGUUUGCAAGAGUUCCCAACUGGCAUGGCGACCAAUGGAUCAACAGUCGGUUCGAUCGAUCUUGUCGCCUUUCCAAAAGCCCUAGACUAUGAGGCCGUACCAUGCCGAGACCCGAAGCUGCCAUGCUUCUGGCUGGGAAACCACCAAAGAAACGACCAAUUUUUUGGGCGACAGGACAUCUUCACCAUGAUUGACGAUGUUCUGCUCUUCGGCUACCAGGAAGAUCAGGCAGCUGACCCGGUUCAGCCCCGCUCUUUUGCCAUCUGUGGUAUGGGUGGAAUGGGCAAGACUGAGCUAGCGGUGGAAUACGCAUACUCACGGAAAGACAAAUUCCAAGCGAUCUUUUGGCUUAGUGCUGACGAAGCAAGUAUUCUAGCCUCUAAUUUUGCCCAAAUCGCAAAGAAGCUCGGGUUGGAAGAUGAGAACGACGAGUCAGACUUGGCAGCCAGCAGAGAGGUUGUCAUGGAUUGGCUGGCUCGACCUCUGAAAAAGAUGCCAGGGCCGGAAACGCCAGCCAAUCUCGCCACUUGGUUAAUCAUCUUUGACAACGUCGACGACAUUCAUGUCAUUUCCGAGUUUUGGCCCAAGUUCGGACGGGGCUCGGUCCUUGUCACAAGCCGCGACCCCCUCGCAAAGCACAGCUGGUACGUGGAAAGCCCAGCUGGUAUCGACUUAGCCCCAUUCUCCAAGAACGAAACAGAGGCUUUGCUGCAGCGCUUGACGAAUGUCAAAGCCAACACAGCGUCUCCGAGGGAGUCGGAAGCCCUUUCCACCAUGGCACAGAAGCUUGACGGAUUUCCUAUGGCUAUCAGUCAAAUGUCCGGUGUCUUCCGACGCUUGCGGCUUGUAUCGUAUAGUGGGUUCUUGGAUUUGUUCAAUGAGGAAGGCAUCCAUGCACUCUUCCAAUGGCAAGCUGAAUCUUCCAAAGACCAGCAGAAAGGACAAUCGCUUGCAACGUACUGGGCUCUGGACACACUUCCGAAAGAAUCGAUGGCGCUCCUGCGUGUUAUAUCGCUUUUGGACCCAGAUGACAUCCCCGAAGAUCUGCUGAUUGACAGAAAGAAGGUCGUCAAACUCGAGGGCUAUCCCACUUCCCGUGGAGAAUACCACAAUGCGAAGGCCGAACUCCUUGCCUCUUCAUUGAUGAACCAGCAUACCGAAACGUACAAACUUCGGUUGCAUCGGUUGGUUCAGGACGCAACAAGGAGAACCAUGAAACCAGAUGAGUUAAUCUCCGCGUUCGAAGCGGCGAGUAAUCUGGUUCUCGAAGCAUGGCCGUUCCAGUCGAUGAUCAAUCACCACUCGGUAGAAAGAUUUGGAAAAUGCGAGGCCUUAUUCCCCAGUGUGCUCCGUCUAAAGAAUAGGAUCGAACUUCAAGUCAAAGAAUAUCCUGGUUUUCCCCUGGAUAUUCGACUGGCGCAACUUUUCAACGAUACAGGGUGGUAUCGGUUUGAGCGUGGAAUGAUGGAGGAGACCGAACCAUUUUGCCAAUUUGCGCUCGAGAUUGCAGCGCGACUAGAAGCCAAACUCGGCGCUGCAGCAGUAGCAGAGUCCAUUCGUGAAAGUCAUAUGUGCCUGGGUAUUGUCCUCACCGAGCUGAAUGAGCAUGAUCGGAGUUUGUUCCACAAGAAGAAAUGGCUGAACAUGCUGGAGGAAAGAAAGACCGAAGCUGGUCAGGACAUUGCAAACUAUGAACUCGGUUAUGCAUACAACGAGAUUGGCGUCGCGUACGGCAACGCUAACCAGCUUGAGGAGGCCGUAAAGGCGUUCCAGCGUUCCACGGAGAUCUUCAAGGGUCUUGCGGACUACAAGAACACCAUGCUGGGGUGGCCGCAACCAAAUCUUGGGUUCAUCUACUGGAUGCAGGGAAAGCUUCAAGAGGCCGAGAGUACCUUGGUCGAGAUUCAAGGCAUCCACACUGCAGCUUGGGGGGUCGAUGACACAGUGUCUUUCAAAACAGGAAAGAUUCUCUACGCAAUUGGCAAUGUCUUAUGGGCACAGGGCAGGUUUGACGAAAGCUUCAGCUACCAUCUUCGAUGCCUCAAGCAGUACAAAACGCCGUCGGCACCAACCAUCAACAGAGUCGGCGACACAUAUCAUCGCCUGGCGUUCUAUUACAUUCACAAAGGCAUCUAUACCGAAGCAGAGACAUCCCUGAACCUUGCGUUGAUUAUCUUCAACUCUCGUACGUAUCUCAAAAAUGAACGAGCGAGAACGACGUAUAAAAAAGGGGAACUGUUAAAGUUGAUGAAAAAAGAAGAAGAGGCAAACGCCCUUCUGGAGGAAGCAUACCAGUUGAGGAGACAUCUUGUCCCAGGGGACCAGCGGCCAAGAGAGGAUGUAAGGGAGGCUGAUUUCGACCUCCUCGUGCCAUACUGGUCUCGCUAG